AUGUCUGUUCAUAUCUAUCUAUCUAUCUAUCUAUCUAUCUAUCUAUCUAUCUAUCUUAUUUUAUCUUUUUUUAAUUAUUGUCGUAUAUAUUUGCAUAUAUUUGCAUUCUUUCUGAUGCAAAAUGUGGAUGUCACUUAUUCUGUGCAGAUUAAUUUUUCCUUCUUGUUAUUUUUUUCUUCCAAAGAUAUUUUCUUCCAUUUCUUCAUUCUUUGCACCGUUUCUUUCUUAUUUUCCUUUUUGGAUUUAUCUUUUCUUGACAUUGAUUUCCCUUUUUCUUUUUUUUCUUUUUUUUUGCUUUCCAUCUUUUGCAUUUUUUUCCUUCAUGGAUUUUAUUUACUAAGUUUAACUUGGCAACACACCACAAGACACCCAGACUACGAUUCAUUUUAUUUUUUCUUUCUUUUUAUUCUUUCUUUUUAUUCUUUCUUUCUUUCUUUCUUUCUUUCUUUCUUUCUUUCUUAUUUUAACGCCCUCCCUUCUUCUUGCUCUCCCUUUCUUGUUUUUCUUCUUCAUUUGAAUUUCCCUUCCUUAGUUCCGUCGUUCUUUAUUUCGUUCCUUUGUCGUUUUAUACUUUCUUUUUAA